CUACUUGAUGUUGUCAACUCACAACCUUCAUCUAAUUCAACCACAGAUAAGUCGGUUAAGUUAGUUACACUGUCAGUUCUGUUUCUGAACUUGUGAAACAACAUGAAUACGUAUUCGGGACUUAUCGUAUUGUUAUCAUUAGCAGUGCCAUGUCUACUUGUGCCGCUGCCCAAGGAGCACUCAGGAGGUAUAGCUAUCGUAAACCCUGGUCACACAGACAUACGAACCCACUCUUACACGGUGGCAAUCCUGACGGGCAUGGAUCUCUUGGGGGGAGGAGUACUUGUCAAACAGAAUUGGGUCCUUACAGCUGCAUCUGUUGUCCAUGGUUUUAAAAAGGAAGACAUUGUGGUGCGUGUGGGCAGCAACAGCGGCUACUACGAUGGUCACCUACGAAACGUUAGUCGCAUCAUAGAAUACCCCGAUUACUCGACCAACCAGAGCUACAAUCUCGCACUGUUGAAGCUGGACCGCCCCGUGUUCUACAGGGUGGCUGCCCACAUCUCCUACCUGGCUAGGGUGCCCUUCCAGGAUGACCGGAGUUAUGGAAAUCUCACCGGAUACGGCCAGGAGACCUAUGAUGUUACGGAAUACACCAAUGGCCCUCAGCUGCAAAUCAUCGGUAUGGAACUUUAUUCUUCCUCUUACUGCAAUCACAACUUCUGGUCGAUGUCUGUACCCAAUAUCCAGUUUUGUGCAUACGCUAACGACAGUGGACCUUGCUUUGGAGAUGUUGGCGACCCAUUAGUAAAGUGUGUGAGACCAUCCCAGUGCGAACUGCUUGGAAUAUAUACGGGAGUGAACAUUUGUCAAUACAACACACCUUCCACGUACAUGGACAUUGGGCAGUUCUACGGCUGGAUACAGAAGAAUAUAGGCUCCAAGAGAACGUGGAGUAGGACUUAAUGUGCUUCAACUUUAUAUUAUAUUAUUAUUAUAUUAUAUUACAUUAUAUAUAUAUAUAUAUAUAUAUAUAUAUAUAUAUAUAUAUAUAUAUAUAUAUAUAUAUAUUACCGCAGUGAAAAGCUUUUCGGGUUCUGUAAAUCACAAAUUUUACAGUAUAAAAUAAACUCUGAGAACAUUCACUGUUAAUUUUGGACUUUUUCAUGCGCGAGUUGCUAAAAUAAACAAAUAAUCGUUCGAAACACAUUCAUUAUUUCUCUGUAUUACUGUUUUAUUAUUUUUAAGUUAAUCAUGUUAAUAAUUUUUCCUCCCUCAGGUGUUUUAAUUAUUUGAAACAAAUUCCUUGAGGUACUAUGUAAGAUGUAGAGACCAUAUUCUCCAUUUCAAAAUGGCCAGUUUCUCAUAAUGUUUCCAGAGAAGCUAUUUGAGGUAUAAGCCUAAAAUCUUUACCGCAUGUAUGUAUGUUAUAUGUAUAUUUUGUAAAAUUAAACUAAAACUAAAUACUGCUUAUUCUAUAAUAAAAAAUUCGAUGAAUAAAAGAGCUUUCCUUUA